UUAGUGAUUGCGGUUUCAGUCCGAUUAAAUUAAUUUGGAACAGGAGCCGGCAUAUGUUUGGGACAGAAAAAUGCAAAAUGAAAACGAAAAUGAAAAUGAAAUCACGACAUGAGAGUUGUUAUAAUAUCACGGGUAAACGUUAGAAAAAAACUGCUCGAAAAACAAUCCACACUGAAGACUGUCUAGCUGAUAAUCCCAGCACGCUGGCUCGUACACUUUCCAAAAGUCGAUUUUUUUCAAAGAAUGCGUGACACGUCACGUUAAUUAUUCAUGAUAUCUGCAUGCAUGGCCGAAAUUAAUUUGUAAUACGCCUUCACGUCGAUCGCUUCAAUGGUAAUGCAAUAUACAUCGGCGCUGCGGUACCAAACGAAUAUACUGCCUAACUGUUGGGUCUUGCUGAUUCUUGAUAUAGGUAGAUCGAAGUACAAUCUAACGACGGAAGAAAAAAUACCAUCUUUUUUCUGCUGAAACGAUCUCUGCCCGGGCUUGAUGAAGAUCCAAUCUGUUGUAUAAUUUUGUUGUACACAAAGAAGUUAAGACCGUCGCAUCGGCAAAAUGAUUGGGAGAUCUCGACGCGUUUUCUUUUCGCCAUUGCGCGCGCUGGUGUUGGCCCUCUACUGGAUUUCUUCGACCGCCGCGGCUUCGAAUAACACAUCGGAUACUACGACAAAUAACCCAUCAAAUAAAACUUCGGAUAAACCCUUUAGCUGUGAGUGGAAAGACCUCGAAUUUCCCAUCACUUAUGGACCAGGAAUUGCUUGUUCGCUUUGUAUACUAAUCGGUGGAUUCCACGUCAUUGUCGGUUUCAAGUACCAGAGAAUAACCCUUUUUGCCACUGGAUUUUCAUCUGCUGCUCUUCUCACAUACCUAAUAUGCCUAAUCAGAAGUUCACUAGAUAUCCAGUACAUCCUUCUAAUCACCGCUGCAGUCGGAAUCUUUGCAGGAAUUCUGUGUACCACCGUCAUUUUCUGUGGACUCUUCACUAGCGGCAUUGUUGCUGGCUUCUCUUUAGCGAUGGCUUUCCUUCUUGGUUUCUCAUCCUUGUACAGUUAUACAACACUUUCAAUACCAGUGGCUGUGGUUAUCGGAGUCCCAGUUCUCUUGGCAGGGGCUAGUGUCUGGUGGAAGCGCGUUCUUCUAAUUGUUACAUCGUCAAUCUAUGGCGGUGCACUAAUGAUCGCAGGAUUGGACUACUUCAUUGAGGACUUGCGUUUGUUAGACUAUACUUGGCAAAAAGUUUUUAACAAGGACCUUAAAGGACUCAAGCCAUGCUUCUUUUCGUGGAUAGUUUUGGGGGUGUGGCCACUUUUGGUGCUCAUUGGAUUAUUAGUCCAGUUCCUCAAGACAGCAAAGAAGCCCCCGAAACCUAAAAAGGACUUUCACAACAAACGUUAUUCAAUGGGAUCUCCAUUUUACUCAGCACCUGAUGACAUAGAAAUGACUGAACUACUGGGGGAGCAGGGGCAGGCAACUCCAACUCCCUCCCUAAAUAUGGACCACACCCCACAAAGGGCCCCUAUGCUAGUACCAAUAAUGGAGGAGGAGGAAUGACUCCAUGCAGACGUGCUGGAAGAGUGUCAAAUAUUCAAGAUUGCCAGAGUGAUAGUCAGCUCUCAACUCUCGAACUCUUGUGUGUUUGAUCCUAGGGAAAUUACAUGACCACUCUUACAAUACCCCCAAGCAGGCUUCUAGCCAGAUACCUGCUUCUUGGAGGAAUUUCUUUUUUUCAGAAAAACUGCUGCAAUUAAGCACAUUUAGAAAAGGUCAAAUAUCUGCUCUCAAGUAUGUGGAAUAAUUGCUUUACAUGCUUGAAUUUGGAAAAUGUUUUGGGAGCGUAUUUUCUAAACGCCCCUGAGGUGGGGCCUUUAACCCCCCAAAAACUUCAUAUUCUGUCUAAAAGCCUGUUGUGCAGUAGAAGACUUAGGGUAUAAAUAGGGUUAGGAACAUGUUACAGUUAGAUCAAGUUCCUAACAUGCUAAUAGACUGAUUUAGCAACAGGACGGGAACAUUGGAUGAGGACUGUGCAGUGCGCGCAGAAUAACCUGGAUUCUGUUCUAACUUGACCAUAUUUGGGUGUUUGUACUGCGCGUACCAUUGUCAAGUGACGUUCCCAUUCUCUUGCUAAAUGAGCCUAAUGUUUUGUACAGAAAGUUUGUUUUAUGUCACAUAAUAUGUAAUAUGUAAUGGCAAGUUGUUAAGUAAGCAUACAAAAAAGAUACUUACCCUUCCCUGCAAUGUGAUUCAUAUAAGAAAACUAAAAUCAAAUAAUUACUGUUGUUGUUCGUCCUUCGUAGUUGAAGAUGACCAAAGACAUCUAGUUUGUUAAUAAAUUUCUACGGUGUGUCUGGAGAUGGCUGAUUAUAAUUACUAAAAUAAUUACAAAUAAUUACUAAAUAUGAAAUAGUUGGCCGACUCUGGUUUAACAAGUUACUGGCAAGUUAUAAUAAUAUUUAAAGAAUAAAUUAAUGCAAAGGUUUCCUGGCUGUGCUAAACAUUACAUUUACCAUUUCAUGGCUUAAUUUAUAAUAAUAGGGAUAAAUCUGACUUUGGAAGCCGUCUCAAUAGCUUGUCAAUACUUGUUCACUCAAAGCUCAGAAUAAUGUUGAUAUCAAAGCCUGCUUGAAUAUGUUAGACUGUUAUUUUUGGAUAUGACAAAGAGAUGCCAUUUAAUUUCAUCGGGCAUAAAUGUAUCUAUUUUCCAAAGUUAAAAAUUCCUUUAGGAACGAGCAGCCAUUAAAUGGAUGAAACAAGAGUAGCAAAGGUACUUCUUAUCUACUUCCUAAAAUAUUUCUUAAUAUUAUUCCAUGUUGGUGUAGAAGAAAAUGUUUAGGAUUUGCAUCAUAAUGACACAAGUGAAAAUAAUUCAUCUAACAUACAUGGUAAUUUAUUUGAGUAUCAUUUGAAUAAUGCUGCUUUAUACAUGUAGCAAAAGGUGUAAAAUGCUUUCAUCUACCAGUACCUAAUUUAUUUACCACUAUCAUAAAAAAGGAAAAUGAAGCAGAAUUUUUUUGAAAGAAAAUAUUGGUAAUGUAUUUAAGGUAUUGAUGCCAAAAUGUACGACAAAUAAUAUAUUGUAGUAUCAGUAACUAAAAAUAAUUUAUUAACAUUAACUUUACAUGUACAUGUAAAAAGGCAAGAUAAAGUUCUGAAAAUGGCCAGUGCUUUUUGUGUGGUAAACAAACUGAGAUAUAUGACAGGUUAAAUAAAUGCCAUCACAGGCAAGUCAAGACAGACUGUGGCUACUAAAAUGAAAGUUGCGCUACCAAAUGUUUAAAGAGAAUCUUAGCUGAAAAGCAGUCCAAGCUCCAAAGUAUACCAAAUGGUUCAUUUAAAGGUUAUCGUAUAGUUUUCGGUGUCUUGCAAUGUAGCACAUCCGGUUUAAACUGUGGAUACCUAGACCCCUAUAUCAAAUUAAAGCUUAUUUGACAAUUUAUUAUAUUUCAAAAUUCUUGGUAUAGUCUAAUGAAAAGCUGUAUAAGCCUUAAUUUCAUUUACAGGUUUAGGGUAUCAACAGUUUACACUAGAUGCACUACAUUGUUUGGAUGUGAGACACCUCUAAAGGUGUACAGUAACCUAACUGAUCCUGGAGUUUAAUUGGGGAGAAGCAGCUGCGACACAUGCUAAUGUGUUGUUCUAGAAAAUAUCCAUACCCCUCCAGAAAUUUCAUUUUAGUGUCAUCCAUGUACUUUCCUUUAAAAAAUUGGGCUUUUGAAACCCCCUCCCCCUUGGAAUUUCUGUUAACCUUCCUUAGGGUGGGUAUGGAUAUUUUCUGGAAAUGAACAAUAUCAGAUAUAUGGGAUUUUGAAAAGACAUCAUGGGAAUCAGAUUCACUGGUAAAAAUCACAGUCAUAGUUGGCACAAAUCACAGCCAUUGCUGUAUAAACUUGCCACGUGAGUCAUGCCUUAACAGCUUAGCCAAGUUUUAACUCUGGAUUAGUGUUUAUCAGUUUUCAAAACACCUGGCCCUGGUGAUGCACUCGGGAAACAGUGCAUCACCAGUGCAUCAACAUGUUUAUCUCACAGUCUUUGGCCAAAGUGCUUAGUGACUGUGCGGUAAAUUAAAGUAGGCUAAUAAAAUUAUCGAUAUGCCGGUUACUUAGCAAUUCAGGCUUGACAUAGAUUUGUAUCCUGCACACUUGUACAGUCCUUACCCCAGGAGUCAAACAA